AUGAAAAGUCACUUCAACUUGAUCACCAUUUUCCGAUGGGUAGACGACAAUCUCUUUAUUAAAGAAGUUGGCGCUGAUUUAUCGAUGAAAGACGUAGUAUUAAAAUCAACCGAGCUUGGAGUGAUGACAAACGUCAAGAAGUUCUCAGAUUUCUCGCCAGAACAAAAAUUCAUAGGCUUCGUAUGGAAUGGUGUAUCUAAGACAGUGAGACUGCCAGAGGGUAAAAUCGAGAAAAGACUGAAUCAGAUAUACCCCUUCCAAGUAACAAAGGCUACUUUCGAUUACGAAGAAGUCGAAAUUCUCGUAGGACGUCUUAACCACGUGACAUACAUCUUACCACACUUAAGAUGUAACUUAUGUUCCUUAUAUCGCUGGCUAAAAUCUUGGUUCUGGCGGAAAGCAAAAAGGGCGACUCCGGUAGACGUCCUCGAAGACCUUCAAAUUUGGGUGGAAACCUUGAACAAUUUUGAACACACGCGUCUAAUUAGAUGGGGACCACCUUUAGACGUCGGUUGGGUUGGGGACGCCUCCACCUCUUUCGGUAUCGGAAUAAUAGUGGGAAGGCAUUGGGCUCAAUUCAAGCUCAUAGACCCACUGUCUAAUAAGAAACAAAUCUCCCUGCUAGAAACAGUGGCAAUAAGACUCGGUCUCAUCAUGCUAUUGAAGCUUCGCGAUCAACGUGGUAAAUCACUCAUAGUUUGGACGGACAACACGACUACCGAAAACAGCAUCAACAACAUGAAAACAAAAGACAGAGAAGCAAAUGACAAAUGGAAGAAAAUACAGGCCAUCCUUUUACGUGAAUCGGUAAACUUAAUAGCAAGAAGGGUCGCAUCAAAAGAUAACAAGGCAGACGCCCUGUCGCAAGGGAUACGGUCAGGCCAGUCUGUAAAGUACCAGGUGUGUAUACAGGUGCCCCCUGACCUUCAAGACCUGUUGUCCCAGCCAGUCCUAUUUUUAACUUCACCAAAUCUCAUUACAUCCACUAUCAUGAAUUCCUCCUCAAAUGAAGCAUUUUUCUUCUCCAUAAAAGACUUCACAUCUCCGGGCCAUAUUUUGAAGAACCCAACUAAGCUUGAUCAGCAUGUUUUGAACGGCUGGUCGAGGUCGACCCUUAAAAGCUACAACUCCGCUGUUCGGAAAUUCCUGGCGUUUAAAAGGUCCCAAGGCCAUCCAAUUUUUCUCUUACCGGCCACCGAGGACGACAUCUAUAACUUCUGCUACUGGGCAGGGAAGAAAGACAUAGACGGUGGCGAAAGCGGGGUACUUGCGGUAACACUGAAAAAAUAUCUGCAGGGUUUAAAAGCCUGGCAUAUUUUCCAUGACUCGCCUUACCCAAUAAUCUCUGAGAAGAAAGCGGCCCUAUUGCUCAAGUCAUCGUUAAAAGUAGAGGCGUCAACGCCGAGGAAAGAACCAAAGAAUCCAGUGCUAAUUAGACACAUGGUUUGUCUAGCGAACGAUCUAUCGUCAGGCGAUUUAGAGGAUGCCGCAAUCCUCGACCUGGCAUUGGUAGCUUUUUGGGGCCUAGCCCGGCUAGGCGAGUUGACAACGGACCAGACAAGUCCACAACGUAAAAUUCUCCCGAGCUACGUCUCCAUACAUCCGACGGGUUCCUCCGUGACAGUGGAGCUCAAGGUAUCCAAGACAGCCCUGCCGGGCGAAUCUCAGUUCCUCCAAUUGAAAGGGAUGCUAAACAUACUCUGCCCGGUGCGAGCCCUGACUCGCCGUCUGGCAACCUGUGGAAGGAACGAUCAUGUGUUCAGCUAUCGGAAAGAUGGCUGUCACGUAACUUUAUCGAAAUAUUUCGUCAAGAAGCGACUCACGGAGUGUUGGACCGCGCAUAGUUUCCACGGCCUUUCAGGCCACUCAUUCAGAGUAGGAGGAGCGUCUUUCCAGAACGCUCUGGGUAUUCCCCCGACUCAGAUUUGCAGGGCGGGGCGCUGGGCCUCGGCCAGCUACAAGUUGUACAUUAGGCUAUACUCAGAGGAAGAUUUAACUGAGUCCUUGCAGCUGUUAUCAAGACUAGAUUUGCAAUGGAGGUUGUCAUGA